UCUUUAUUAUUACACCGUUCCUCUGUCUCUCUCUCUAAGAUAAUUUUCAAUCUAAAUUCUCAGAAAUCUCAAAUGUAGAAAAAAAUCCAACCUAAAAUUCUUACUCUCUCUUUCUCACACGGUAGGCUUUUCCCUUUUUUUUUUUUUCCUCAUUUCUCAUCUCUUUCUCUCUCGCUCUGGUGUUUGCUUCCCGAGAAAAAUAAAAAUAAAAUAAAAUAAGAAAGAGAACAAGAAAAAAAAAACAAAGGAGAAGAAGGGUUGGGAUCUCAACAACUGUCACUCUAACCUCAAAACCAUUUUUUCUCUGGUUUUCCUUUUUCUUUUUUUCUUUUGCCGGGAAUCAAAGGGAUAGCUCUUUCUUGCCUUUUUUUUUUUUUGGUUUUAAUUAGAUUUUCGUUGUAAGCGGCGGUAAAUUUUGAUGGGAAGUUGGUGGUAAAUAUAAUCGGUGAAUUUUGGUUGAAAUAAUAGAGGAGAUGAGCAAAGAAAACCCGCCUGAGCCACUCGAUUUCUUCAUAUGGACUGUUGAGGAUGUUGGUAUGUGGUUGGAAGAGAUAAAUCUAGGUAGCUACCGCCAGAUUUUCAAAGAAAAUGGUGUCAAUGGGGAAUACCUAGAAGGCAUGUCCAUGUUCACAACUGAACAAAUUCUUCGGUUUAUAAGGCGAUGCCAUAUGAAGUGGGGAGACUUCAUCACACUAUGCAAGGAACUCAGACGAAUUAAAGUGGCUUGCCUAAAAGGAGAGCAAAAAGUUCGCAGGCCAUGGUGGGCUCCUUCUUGCCUUUCAGUAGUCUUUGUCAAGGUGGCAAAGCGCAACAGACAGUCACGUGUUGUUUCGUUGAAGCUGGAACCAUGAUGCAAAUUAUGCUUUUAUGUACGUAUAUGUAGUUUUUCUUGUUGUUUAGGGAGCAAAAAGUAGGGAAAAAGCUAAACGUUUUUUUUGUCUUAAAUCUGUCAAGGAGUUGCUGAUAGUUCUUCCUUCAAGAACUCUUUUACAUAUACAAGCCUUUUUAAUAUAUUUGUCAUCUGUUGAUGUCAUGCUGUAUCAUGUGUCUUAUUCCGUGAAGCAGAGUGCCAUUUAUAUUGGUAUCAAGGAAAUGGUGAUAGGUUGGUAGGUACCAUAGUGAAGAUAUUCACUCUUGGACAUUCACAUUCCCUUGCAGAGAUGCUACAGCGCUUGUGUUGUCUGAAAAAAUUGAAGCUGCGACUGUGCAAUUUGAAAAGCUUCUGAAAUGUGAAACCCAAAAUGCUGCAUAUUUCCCCGUUAAUACAGGAAAAUAAUAUCUUUAUUUGUA